ACACGGACGAGCGGUACAGUACAUUCUAUCACCGUGUAAACGUCUCAGAGUGCGUGAGAGCAAGCGGGCGAGGGAGAGAGAAAGCCAGGAAGAGCGAGAGAGCACGAGAGACAGAAAGCGAGCAAGAGAGGGAGAUUAUAUAAAAGCAGCUUUGAGAACGCUGGCGAGCUGAGGUGACCGGAGGGAGGGAGGGAGGGAGGGAGGGAGGCAGGACGGCCAUAACCCGUGAAAGAAAGUGAUCGCUGCUCUCGGUGGAUACACGCUAGUGAAGGGUCGCCCCGGAGUCAGUGACCACAAAUCCCUCUCUGCUGUGACGCAUCCAAUUGUUGGACUCUGUGCCAACGACGGACCGAGACUAAAUGUCUGCGACGUUGCCAAAAGCUGCAGCUCCUGCCAAGAUUAUGAAGUAGGUUACUAGAUGUGUCAUUCUGGCGGCACCUAAUCCAUAAAAUGGCCCUCCUUUUUGAUGAGAGACUGUAACCGGAGCGGGCAUGGCGGUGCUGCACUCCAGACUGCACUGCCCCUUGAAGCAGGCUCAGAUGUUACUGCUCUGCCUGGGAAUCGCCUAUCUCAUGGCAGGCAGCGUUCUGCUCAUGCACCGCUCCAACCUUCGAGUGGGCCAGCCAACAAGCCUCCUGGCGCUUCCUCCCUUGCUGUCGCUGGUGGCACCUCCGACCACCCUCCAGACUGCAGGCCUGGGCCUGAGGAUACGCUCCAGAUGGGCUACAGUACAGUUUGCAUCUGGCGCCGGUAUCAAGGUGGGACGCCACUGGCCUUCUCCAAGCCCGGGAGUCCAACACCUGCAUCGCCACUGGUUUCACGCUAUAUUGCCAGAGAGCUCGGAGAAUGCGGCUCCUGUCCGAAAGAAGCUCAGCCAUAAAGGGACCUACAUUGGUUGCUUCUCGCACAACACCAGCGAGCGUGCCCUUGGAGGAAUUCUGCUUUAUGACCUGCGGAAAAUGACCAGCUCUCUGUGUCAUGACACCUGCUCAGAAAGUGGGUACCAGUUUGCAGGAUUGGAGUACGGCGCCGAAUGUCACUGUGGCAACAAAAUCAAUAGCCGGCAGGUUGCCGAGGAGGAUUGUAAUCUGGCGUGUCGGGGUGAAAGGAGCUCUCCUUGUGGCGGAGUGGGGCGUCUCUCCAUUUACAAAGUGCAGGAGCAGAUGCCUGGUCACAGAAAAUUCAAGAACGCUCACCACCGAGGCUGCUUCAAAUUGGUGAAUGCCACUAUCAACAACUUCCCUAUCCACUCAUUUCAAACCAAUCUAACCACUCAGUCCUGCAUCGAGACGUGCACCGACAAGGAGCUCCCGCUUGCUGUGUUCAAGCAUCCCCAUUGUUUCUGUACUUGGACGUCGUCUCUCUUCAACUUGGACCAGCAAUUUGCGAAAAAUCGAUGUAUGGAGAACACUAGCCUGAGCGCCAUUAGUAACUCCACGGCAACAACGCUCAUUAUGCAGGACUACUAUCAGGUCUAUCAUACACCUGUCCUUGACUCCAGGUGCAAGGAAAGGAUGUUUCUACCAAAGAGAUCCAGCUCACUUGUAGCUCUCUCCAGUUUCCCUGGUGCCGGCAACACUUGGGUCCGACACCUGAUUGAGCUGAUGACGGGCUACUACACGGGCAGCUUCUAUUUUGACGGCACCUUGUAUAGCAGAGGUUUCAAAGGAGAGAAAGACUUCUGGCGGAGCGGUCGCUGCAUUUGCGUGAAGACUCACGAGAGUGGAAAGAAAGAGAUUGAAAUGUUCGACUCGGCCAUCCUGCUGAUUCGAAAUCCUUAUCGGUCUCUGAUGGCCGAAUUCAACCGCAAAUGUGCUGGACAUUUAGGACAUGCGUCCGAUGAGCAAUGGAAAAGCAAAGAAUGGCCCGAAUUCGUCUCCAGUUACGCCCCCUGGUGGGCAUCCCACGCAUUGAGUUGGUUGAAGUUUGGACGUCACCUACAUGUGGUACACUACGAGGAGUUACAAACGGCUCUUCUCCCUCAGCUCCGGCUCAUCAUGGCUUUCCUGAACGUCACCGCGACUGACGAGCGGCUUAUCUGCGCUCAGAGUAACCAAGAUGGCUACUUUAAACGGGCCCGGCAGUUAACCUUUGACCCGUUUACACCUGACAUGAGGCAAACGAUUGACACCUUCAUUCGUACUGUCGACGAGGCACUACAGAGCAGGAACUUCGGUGGAGUUCCGAGAGAAUAUUUACCCAGAUGAUGGCAUGGAAAAUAGAGAGCAAACCACACACAAUGGCCAACGUAAGUGGACCAAGCGGUUCUUUGUCAGGCCAGAUGUCCUUCGAGUGGAACCAAACGAGAGAUUAGAGGAGAAAACAAAUCAUUGCGCUAUCGUACGGUGAACGCCGAAGCCUCUAAGCUGGACCUUUCUGUGAACAGCAAAUAUAAGGAAUGCUAAGAGAGGAUUUCGCAAGAUGUGUGUGCGUGUGGCACCAGAAGUGGAUUAUCCAGCAUCGCGUCAAAAGAACGAGUGUGCAAAUUGAAGAUGGAAAUAGUUCCCUCAUCUUCUCUGUCAUAUUUUCUUUUGUGGUACACCCGCAGAAGAUAGCGACAGGUCUACAUAUCUACUAUAUCGCUCUCAAAUUUGUUACCGGCUGCUGCACACUCGCAACGCAUCUUUUAAUUAAAACCAUUUUCAUUGCAUUGUAAAACUCCAGUUGCUGAAAUUGAAUGACUGAAGGUAUUGAUUAUCUUCAUUUCAGAAGCCCACAUCAGCUUGAUUCCAAAUUCCUUUUCAAACAGACUGCGGCUGAUAAAAAUAGCAAAAAUAUGUGAAUAUAUUUUCUGUUUUUUUCUAAAUAACAUUACAGCUCCAAGAGUGGCUUAGAACGAUUACAGUCUGUAUCUUUCUUUAAGCCAACCAAAAACAUUGACAAGCAAAUACACAAAUCCUUUGGAGUGUGAGGAAUACAUACGACAUAAGCUCUUCACCACCAUGCCCACCUUUUGCCCAAAAAAAAAAAAGUGUCUCAGCAGUUAUCUUUAUGGAUAGAGGCAGACAGAACGAAGUUGCAUCUUUCAGCUUGGAGGCUUAUUUGAAUUCUCUUAAACAGGUGUUUUAUUCACAGGUCAUUUCACAAUAAGCUUUGUUGGCAAAGCCCGACCUCAGCUGUCACAAAAACUUCAAUGGAUUGAUAUCUUCUGACAUUUUAGUGGCUUGGAGUUACUCUCCCCAAGUUAAGGAUGCAAAGCAUGUGCCAUUUCCGUCAAGGUGAAAGCCACACCGGUGAAAGACAAGAGAACACUGGAGAAGGAAGAUAAGAGUGCUGCAUGAUGAUCAAAUUAAGUGAUCUUCCCUACGUGAGCGAGCAGCAGAUGUACGGAUGUGUCUGCAUUGUUCCCAUCGCUUCACUGUCACCAGUGUAGGACAAAGACAUCGGGAACGGAACAUUCAUUAUAAAUCACUUCUAUUUCAAAUCAGUAUUGGUGAAAGAAUUACAACUUUGCUUGUCCAGUUGACUACAUUAAAUCAUGCUGAAUGAUUUAACGCCGGGGGAAUCGAUGGGACUUUAAUCAUUUGUGUUCUUGUAAUUUGGUUGCUUUCCUUCAGCACAAAUAGUAGGUAAACAAGGACCAAAAGUCAACACCGUCACAUUGUGGUUAACUUUGAAUAAAUCCAAUUGAGCAAUUCA